AUGCGUUUACGUGAUCUAUUUCGUAGUCAAUCAAAUAAUGAACGAAAAUAUACAUCAACUAUCUUACCAGUACUCGAUACAAAUACAUUUUUAAAUGCUGUUCAAGAUAAAGAUAUUGAUACAUUACAUAAAUGUCUUCUUGCAGGCUUUCCACCAGAUCAACCAGAUCCAAUAACAAAAGCAACAGCAUUACAUAUUGCUGUUGAAACAGUUAAUAUGCGUGCGAUACAUAUGUUAUUACAAGCUGGUGCACAAGUCAAUGUAUGUGAUUUAAGUUUAUCAACACCACUUCAUAUAGCUGCUUAUAUGGGAUAUGAAGAAAUUGUACAAAUACUUUUGAUGCAUGGUGCUGAUAUGUUUAAACAAGAUAAUACUGGUCGAAAUUCAUUCCAUUUAGCUGUAUCAACUGGAAACAAUCGAUUAGUUCAACAUUUUAUUUCAGCUAUCGAUAUUGAACCAUAUAUGAUUCAUAUACCAGAUGCACAAAAUUGGACACCAUUAAUGUGUGCUUGUGCUAGUAAUCAUCCAUCUACCUGUGCUCUUCUAUUAUCUCAUGGUGCAUAUUUAUGUGCUAUGAAUGAUCAAGGUAUGACCGUCCUUCAUAUUGCUACCUUUCUUGGCUCAUUACCAAUUAUUUAUGAACUACUUAAUUCAUCAAUCGACGAUGAAAUAAUUCUUAAAGUACUUAAUCAAGGUGAUCAUCGAAAUCAAACACCAUUAUUUUAUGCUUGUAUUGAAGGUCAUGUCGAUGUUGCAUUAACUUUACUUCAUGCCGGUGCUAAUGCUUAUCAUUUAGAUAAUGACAAUCAAACAUGUUUACAUGCAAUGUUAUCUUCAAGUAUUAUUUUAAAACGUCAUAUACGUUUAUUCUAUCGUUUUAUUGAAUAUGUUGAUUUUCGUUUUCAUCAAGAUCAUCUUAGUCGUACAUUACUUGAUCUUGCUUAUUUAAAUCAAAUAAAUACAAUUAUUUAUUUAUUAAAAUUACUUAAUUAUAAACAUAAUUAUAAUAUUAUUUCUAAUAAUGAAUCAUAUGAUAAUAUAUCAACAAAUGUUUUUUCACUUCGUCAUUUAUGUAUACUUACAUUUAAACGUUCAAUUAUUUAUCAUCAAAAUAGAAAACAAUUAACACAACAUGAUUUAUUAGAACAUGCUUUACAACAAUGUUUUCAAAUAAAUCUUAAUGGAUAUAUUAGUUCAAAUGAUUUAUUCUAUAGAAAAUCAUUAGAAGAUAUAUCAUUAACAAAUAAAAAAACAAUUAAAUCAACAAAAAAAUCACGUAAAACAUCAAAUGUAUGUUCAUCAAUACAAAAUGAUUUUGAACAAUCAAUACAUCAUACACAAUCAAAUUGGUCAAUAUUUACAAAUAAAUUUAAACAUCAACGAACAUCAUCUUCACAACAAGAAUUAGUUAUUCUAUCAACAAGUUUACCACAAUCAUCAUUAUUAUCAAAUUAUGAUCAUCCAAUGAAAAAUUUAGCUUUAAUAAUAUUAAAAUCUCCAAGUAAACUUGAUGAUUUACUUGAUUUUCCUUCAUUAAUUAAUAAUCAUUUACUUUAUGAUGAUAUGAAAACAGUAAUGAAUACAUAUAAUCUUGACGGAAUUGAUUCAUCUAAUCAAAUAUGA